UAUCUACUUCAUAGCUGCCACGGCAGUGAGCGAGGUGUCCAACAGCAGCUCGAAGGAGACCAGCUCACCCGGAUCCCCCCAGACGCCUUCCGUCCAAGAAAAUCUCAUUUUCUCCCCUUCUGCAACAGAAGGUGAAGCUCUGUGCAGGAAUAUCUACAAAAUCCCCCUCAGCAAUCUGGUUGGCCGGAGCAUCGAGCGCCCGCUCAAGUCCCCCAUGGUGCCCAAAGUCAUCACCACCCCGACUUCAUCUGGCGUGUCCUCGAUUCUGGUGGCCCCUUCCCUCUCCUUGUCACGGAUAGAGAUCAAAGAGAUUGCCAGCAGAACUCGUAAAGAAUUACUCGGUCUCUUAAAUGCUCCUCCUUCAAAGUCUGAAGGUGGCCCCAAGCAGAAGAAGCUUCCAUCAAAACAAUCAGAUCCUCCCAAACAGGGAACUCUACGCUCCUCCAGCAGCGACAGGCUUGUUGUAACCUCCUUUGAGAGCCCUUCUGAAGAGCCCCCCUUCUCUACCGGUUCGGACGUUGACCCUGUCCCACUGGAGGAGGAGGAGCAGGAGCAGGAGCAGGAGGAGAAAGAGGAGGAGCAGGAGGAGAAGGAGAAGGAGCAGGAGGGCCAGCCCAGCGCUCGCUUCCAACUUGGGGCCUCCUUUGACGAAGGUGUCAUUGACUUGAAGUGAAGACAGCUGGGAACGGCCCCUCUUUGCACGCACUAGCCCCCUCCCC